UCUGAGAAGAAGUCACCACUAUGAAGUUAUUCGGCUUCGGGAGCCGCAGGGGCCAGACUGCCCAGGGCUCCAUAGACCACGUCUACACGGGUUCCGGAUACCGAAUCCGGGACUCCGAACUGCAGAAGAGCCACAGGGCGGCUGUCAAAGGCGACGCCGCAGAGGUGGAGCGCUGCCUGGCGCGCAGAAGCGGAGACCUGGACGCCCUGGACAAGCAGCACAGAACUGCUCUACAUUUGGCCGGUGCCAGUGGCCAUGUGAAAGUGGUCACUCUCCUGGUUAGCAGAAAAUGCCAGAUUGAUAUCUGUAACAAAGAAAACAGAACGCCUUUGAUACAGGCUGUCCAUUGCCAGGAAGAGGCUUGUGCUGUUAUUUUGCUGGAACAUGGCGCCAAUCCAAACCUUAAGGAUAUCUAUGGCAACACUGCUCUUCAUUAUGCUGUAUAUAGUGAGAGCACCUCACUGGCAGAAAAACUGCUUUCCCAUGGUGCAAAUAUUGAAGCACUGGACAAGGACAAUAAUACCCCACUUUUAUUCGCUAUAAUUUGCAAGAAAGAGAAAAUGGUGGAAUUUUUAUUGAAAAACAAAGCAAGUACACAUGCCGUUGAUAGGCUGAGACGGUCAGUGCUCAUGUUUGCUGUGCACUAUGACUCACCAGGUAUUGUCAACAUCCUUCUUAAGCAAAAUAUUAAUGUCUUCACUCAAGACAUGUGGGGAUGAGAUGCAGAAGAUUACGCUAUUUCUUGUCAUUUGACAAAAAUUCAACAACAAAUUUUGGAACAUAAAAAGAAGAUACUUAAAAAGGACAAACCAGAUGUUGGAAGUUCUGAUGAAUCUGCAGUGAGCAUUUUCCAUGAACUGUGUGUGGAUUCAUUGCCUCCAUCAGAUAACGAAGACUUGACUGUUGCUACUAAGCAGCGUGUCCCCGAGAAAGUGUCAGAGCCUUUACCUGGACCUUCCCAUGAAAAAGGAAACAGAAUAGUCAAUGGAAAAGGAGAAGGGCCUCCUGCAAAACAUCCUUCCUUGAAGCCUAGCACUGAAAUGGAAGAUCCUGCUGUGAAAGGAGCAGUACAAAGAAAGAAUGUACAGACAUUGAGAGCAGAACAAGCCUUACGAGUGGCUUCAGAGGAAGAGCAAGAAAGGCUUGAAAGAAGUGAAAAGAAGCAACCACAGGUCAAAGAAGGAAACAAUACAAACAAAAGUGAAAAAAUACAACUAUCAGAAAAUAUAUGUGAUAGCACAUCUGCUGCUGCUGCUGACAGAUUAACCCAAUAAAGAAAGAUUGGGAAAACAUAUCCUCAGCAAUUUCCCAAGAAGCUGAAGGAAGAGCAUGAUAGAUGCACCUUAAAACAAGAAAAUGAAGAAAAAACAAAUGCUAAUAUGCUGUACAAAAAAAAUAGAGAAGAAUUAGAAAGGAAAGAGAAACAAUAUAAGAAAGAAGUUGAAGCAAAACAACUUGAGCCAACUGUUCAAUCACUAGAGAUGAAACCGAAGACUGCAAGAAAUACUCCAAAUCAGGAUUUUCAUAAUCAUGAAGAAAUGAAAGAUCUGAUGGAUGAAGAUUGCAUUUUGAAGACAGAUAUUGCUAUACUCAGACAGGAAAUAUGCACAAUGAAAAAUGACAACCUGGAAAAAGAAAAUAAAUAUCUUAAGUACAUUAAAAUUGUUAGAGAAAUAAAUGCUGAACUUGAUGUGAAACUCAAUGAGGAAAUGUUAACAAAAACAGCAUUCCAGUAUCAACAAGAGCUUAAUGAUCUCAAAGCUGAGAAUGCAAGGCUCAAUUCCAAACUGAUGAAGGAAAAAGAAAGCAAGGAAAGACUGGAAGCUGACAUUGAACCUUAUCAGUCUAGACUGGCUGCUGCUAUAAGUAAACACAAUGAAAGUGUGAAAACAGAAAGAAACCUAAAACUUGCUUUAGAGAGAACACAAGAUGUUUCUGAACAAGUAAAAAUCAGUUCUGAUAUUUCCGAAGUAAAAGAUGAGAAUGAGUUUCUUACUGAACAACUUUCUAAAAUGCAAAUUAAAUUCAAUACCUUAAAAGAUAAGUUCCGGAAGACAAGAGAUACUCUCAGAAAAAAGUCACUGGCUUUAGAAACUGUACAAAACAACCUAAGCCAAACACAGCAGCAAAUAAAGGAAAUGAAAGAGAUGUAUCAAAAUGCAGAAGCUGAAGUGAGUAAAUCCACUGGAAAGUGGAACUAUGUAGAAAAGAGGACAUGUCAACUCCAACGUGAAAAUCUGCGACUUGAACAGCAACUAGAGGAUGUUCAUCAGAAAGAGCAUCAUGAAGAGAUAGUAAUUAAUAUCCAAAGAGUCUUUAUUGAGAGUGGAAGGAAAGACCUCCUGCUAGAAGAGAAAAAUAAGAAGCUAAUGAAUGAAUAUAAUCAUUUAAAAGAAAGUCUCUUUCAAUAUGAGAAAAAGAAAAAAGAAAGAGUAGUAAGUAUCAAGGAAGAUAAAUAUUUUCAAACUUCUAGAAAGAAAAUUUAA